AUGGAUGACGUUUACAAGGGUAAGAGACUGACUUCAUUCCUUAGCCGCGAUCGUAUCGGCUGACAUGAUCUCACUUCCGUUCGUCAUAGCCGAGUCGAUGUGGCAAAAUGAGGCAGCCCCGCAGCCUCGCACGACCUUCGAAACCCGAGCGCGAUUUGAGCCCCAGCAUCAAGAUAUCGAGCAAGGGAUGCCGAGCUAUCCCUAUGAGCCAGUGUCGAUGUAUGAACCAAGCCAGGAGGCUACUUAUGCAUCCAUGUCCGAACCCACGUUUGCCGACCACGACGACUUCUUGAGAGCACCUGCGGCGGCGCCAAACUGUGCACUCUCGGGCGCGACCUCGAGCCCAUCCCCACCUCAACCGUGGACCGAAGACGAAGACUUCAACCUCAUCUAUGCGAUUUUAAUUCAUGGUGAAACGAACUGGGAACGUGUCAUGAGCGAACAAGCCGCCGAUAUUGGUAAUCCGGCGCAAGGGCACACUGAAGGGGAAUUUCCGAUCAAGUAUCUUCCUGCUUUGCGAGAACGACGCUCGACGGAAGAGGCGAUGUCGAGGUGGACGACUUAUUGGAGCUCGCGAAUCAUCGAGAUUGAAGGUGAGAUGACUGUCGGUGUCCCAGUUGAAGCUGACACAUAAACACUCACGUAUGUCCCUCCAUUAGGUCACAACUACCGCUUCUCUGACUUGUUCGCUCGCUCGCAAGAAGUCACGGGAGAUGGUUUGAACCACCUGUAUCGCGACGUCGACAUGUACAUACCAUAUCGACCUUCCGGAUCGUCGCUUAUUUCGUCUUCCCCAGCGUCACUCGCACCGAUCUCAGCUUUCAGCUCCGGCUCAGGGGACUCCGGAGCAAGACCUGGCUUUGCUCCACCUUUUCGAGCUCGCUCGAAGUCACUGGGCACCACCGACUCCAUCAACGUUCCCCUCACGCUCGCUCAGGGUUCAGCAAGCCUAUCCACGUCCUCUGCAAACAGCACACCAGUCCUCGUCCCCGCGUCCCCUCGACGUCGAACGGCGCUCGGUCCUUUGCGCGAAGGAGCUCGUGAGCGCCGACAGGGGCUCGGUCGUCAUUCACCACUUUCGUCAUCGCCGCUCAAACAAAUCAUUUGUGGAUACGACGAGGAAAAUCCGGCUUCCUCGACUAAAGGCGAAGAAGAGAAUCAACCCGCAAUAUGCGGCUGA